CAAUCUCCUCCCAACUUUCAAAACAAACCCAAUAUUAGUUCACCUCACUCCUUGUCCCAAUCCCCCUCUCACUGUUCAAACAAACGGGACCAGAGAGCUCUAGAGAGAACCAAAGAGCUCUCACGUUUUUGCCCAGAUCAAACCUCAACCUGCGAAGAUCCAAAGCCGAUCGGAGGCACCAUUAUCUCCGACGAAAUCUGGACGACUAAACUUCACCCCAUCUCCGAUGAACUGUAUCCUGAUGGUGCAAAAUUUCGGCGUGCCCCCUUGCAAUUUAUCGAAGACAUAGACAUAAUGUUUUCAGGUGCAGCUGCUACAGGGGAAUGGGUAUACACCCCUAGUUCAGGAGUUAUGCCUAGUGCUGGUGAUACUCAGGAGGAAUUUCAUACCCCAUUUGAGGGUGAGUUUGAUGAUUAUAAUGGUGCUGAUUUGGAGAUUCUUCGUCUUACUGAAUUAAACAGAAAGCGUCCAUCCAACGAGUGUUUAUCGAACAAGGGAAAGACAAAGAGGCUGUCUGGAGCCAAUCUACUUAACAAGACACUUGACCGUAUUGUGAAUGUGGUUGAGUCAUCUUCUAUACAGUCAACACAGAACUCCACAAAGUAUCCUUCAAUUGCAGAAUGUUUGGAGAAGUUAGAAAACAUACCUGGUGUGACCCCGGAAGAUGACAUAUACGUAUGGGCUGCCACAUUAUUCCUAAAAGACAAGCGUUGGUGAAGUGCGACUGAGGCUUCAUGAUACUUCCUAUUGAUGAAGUGUGACUGAGGUUUCUUAAGUUGGAGAUUGAUAUGGAAAAGUCCACCGUAUCUGGCUAUCAUGGAUAAACUGAUUAUUUUAGUAUUUGUGCAAGACUUCUUAAUGCAGACUUAUUAUUUGUAGUGAUGUAAGACUAAUUAAUACCUAAAAUAUUUGUAGUGAUGAUUCAAGUGUUUUUACUAUUUUGUUGUCAAUUUGCAAGCAGUGUGUUUAUUCCAAUGGAGAAGCUAAUUUAUUGCUUUUUU